AAGGAGGAACAUCAGACAGAAAUCAUGGGUGCUUUCCUCCAUUGGUCCACCUUUGUUGCUGUCAUUCUCCUGGUGAUCCAUGGAGGUUUGUGUGCGGAUAUCAUUGGAGGACAUGAAGUAAAACCACACACGAGACCAUUCAUGGCCCUGAUCAAGGGACCAAAAGGAAUCUGUGGAGGAGCCUUAAUCAAGGAAAACUGGGUCUUAACAGCUGCACAUUGUCCAGUGAAAAAAAGCAAAGUUGUUCUUGGAGCCCAUUCAUUGGAAAAAAGUGAAAAAGAACAGCAGACUUUUUGGAUUGCAAAAGACAUUCCUUAUCCAUGCUAUGACCCCAUUACCAAGGAAAAUGACAUUAUGCUGCUGCAGCUUCAGGGAAGAGCAAAACUUAAUAAAGCUGUGCAGCCAAUCCGUCUGCCUGCCUCAGAUGAUGACCCCAAAGCAGGAGCAGUUUGCACAGUCGCAGGAUGGGGUACAACUACCAAUCGUCGGAUGACAAGGCCUCCUGGCCUGAUGGAAGUCAAUGUCACUGUCAUCAGGAGGGAAAUCUGCAAUGAUAAAAAUCAUUAUAAUGGCAAACCUGCCAUAACAGGGAACAUGAUAUGUGCAGGGGCUAAGAAUGGAGGAAAAGACUCCUGUAAUGGGGACUCUGGUGGACCUUUAAGAUGUAAUGGUAUGAUGAGAGGCAUCACUUCAUUUGGGAAGCCAAGGAGCUGUGGAAAGGCUAAUGGCCCUGGUGUCUACACUCGACUCACAAAGCAAAACCUUGAGUGGAUAAGGAAAACCAUAGGGGGGGCCCAAUAGAUUGGUCUGGGGACAGGUGAUUUGUGUACGUGAAAUGGGUUUUUAAAAACAGCUUCAUUAGUCUGGUAAA